CGUUUCUUUAUAAUUUGUCCCUGCUUGUCGCCGUAGAUUUCUGACAGCUGUAAACAUGGCCGAAGAAAGCUUAAUUGAGGGCGAAGAAGAAAACAUUUUAUACGAUUUACUGGUUAUUACUGAAUGGCCUCCAGAGACGGACACUCAGUUGCGAGGCAACAAGGAGUACAGCACCUCUCUAAUUGCAAAAGCUGUGACAGGCCCUUUCCGCUUGAUCCUUCACUAUUUGUGGUACAGCCCCUCAAGCUCGUCCCUGCCUCUCGGUCUUGUCCGCCUGGCAAACAAGCAGAUCAACUGGCAGCUGGUGCUUGCAAGCAAUGGCAAACUGUUGGCAGUGGUUCAAGAUCAGUGUGUGGAAAUUAGGUCUGUGAGAGAUGACUUUGGCUCACUCAUUGGGAAGUGCCAGGUGCCGAAGGACCCAAAUCCCCAGUGGCGAAGGGUGGCGUGGAGCUAUGACUGCACUCUGCUGGCCUACGCUGACAGCACCGGCACCGUGCGCCUUUUCGACCUCAUGGGCAGCGAACUCUUCGUCAUUCCGCCGGUGGCGAGCUUCCCCGGGGAUUUCAGUUGUGCAGUGGCAGGGCUCAUCUUCCUGGAGUAUACAGCUAGUGCUCAGUGGUCAGCCGAGCUCCUCGUGAUUACAUAUGGUGGCAACCUCAAAAGCUAUCUAGUCAGCAUGGGAACCAAUCAGAACUUUCAGGAGAACCACAGCUUCAGUUUUUCCUCCCAUUACUCCCACGGGAUCACCUCAGCUAUUUACCACCCUGGCCACCGAUUGCUGCUUGUAGGCGGCUGUGAAUCAGGCGAUGACAGUGCAUCCAAGGCCUCUUGCUGUGGCAUCACAGCCUGGAGGGCUCUUUCUGGCUCACCACACUACAAGCAGGUCACCAGCUAUGAGGACGAUGUCAGCAUGAAUCAGAAAAGAGGUUUCUUCAGGAUUCCCAGUUUUAGACUCUUUUCCAGACAAGGAGACGAAAAGGACGGUGUGUUUCGCAUGAGCCUUAGCCCUGACGGCACCCUGCUGGCUGUCAUCCACUUCUCUGGUCGUCUGUCUCUCUGGGACAUCCCGUCACUUAAACAGAGGGCAACAUGGAGUCAGGACCUGCAGCCAGGAUUUGAGGAGAUCAACCCAGAGUGGAAGACAUCGCUGGAGAGAAGGAAGAAAAUAAAAGAUAAGGAGCAGUUCUAUCCGCUGGUAGAUGUGAGCUGGUGGAGUGACAACGUGCUGAUUUUGGCCCGCUGCUCUGGCUCUGUCACCGUCUCUUCUGUCAGGACAUUGCGCAACCUUCUGGGGAAAUCCUGUGAAUGGUUUGAGCCCUCACCUCGAGUCACUGCUGCACAUGAUGGGGGCUUCCUCAGCUUGGAGUGUGAGGUGAAGCUGGCCCAGAAGCGUGGGCGCCUGGAGAGCAGCCUCAGUGGGGGAGCCAGCGAGGAUGAGGAGGGAGAUGAUGGUGGAGAAUCUGAUUCAGACGAAGAGUCCUCAGCCAAAGCCCGCUACUUUGGCUACAUCAAGCAGGGCCUGUAUUACGUGACAGAGAUGGAACGGUUCGCUCCACCACGGAAACGCCCUCGCACAGUUAUUAAGAACUACCGUCUGGUCAGCCUGAGGUCAACCACUCCGGAAGAACUGUACCAGAGGAAGAGCAAGAUCCGCAAGCGCUCAUGGGUGCUGCAUGAGUGUGUGGAGCGCGUCCCAGAGAAUGUUGAUGCAGCUAAAGAGCUGCUGCAGUAUGGCCUGAAGGGAACCGACCUUGAAGCCCUGAUAGCCAUAGGAAAAGGGGAAGAUGGGGGCAGGUUCAUCAUGCCAGGCGACGUCGACCUCGAUGACCUCCCUUAUGAAGACAUCCUUUCAGAUGAGCAGGAGCUGGAGAUGAAGAAGGAGAGGGAGAACAAGAAGAGACGAGAGCUGCUGGCCAAAGUUGACUUCAGCAGGCUGACUCUGGAGCAGAAGGAACUGUGUCGGAGCAGACUGAAGCUUCUCUCCUACCUGGACCGGCUCGCCACGUACGAGGAAAUACUUGGCGGGCCUCAUGCAGCGGAGGACAAAUACGAUGCAGACUUCUUCAAGAAGUUCCGAAGUCAAAACAUUGUUUUGUCAGCAAGAAACUAUGCCAGGGAGAGCAACGUGCAGGCUCUUGACAUUCUUUUCACAUAUCACGGAGCAGAACUCCUCCAACAUCGACUAGCUAUCCUUGACAACUUUCCGGAAACCACCUCUCCACACGAGUACACCACCUUGCUGCCGGAAGCCUGUCUGGAUGACAGAGGUGAGCUGGUGUUGAUUCCGUGGGACGAGCAAAGACACAGAGAGAUGGACUGGUGUGAGGCAGAGGAGUGCAGAGCGGUGCUGGAGCAGAAUUUGUUUGACGAUGACAGUUUCCUGUAUGACGAAGCCUCAGACCUGCUGAGAUUCCGCACAGCCACGCCCUCCAAAGAGCUGCUUACUGAUUGGUACAUUAGCAGAGCCCAGGAUAUCGACUCUUGCUCCAGACAGGUGGACUGCGCCCUGUCGCUGGUGCGUCUUGGGAAGGAGCGGGAAAUCCCCGGGCUGGAGCGAUUAUGCGAUGACUUGGUCACCAUGGAAACACUUGUGUAUGAGACAUCAUGUGAACUGGGUCUGACUCUUAAAGAUUUUCAGCAGCUCAGCGACAUUGACAAACUCCGCCUGCUCAUGAAAAACUCCAGCACCGAGCACUACGUGAAAGACUCCUUCCAGUGGAUGGUGCCAUUCCUGCAUCGCUGUGAGGGACAGAAAGAGGGUUCUGCUAAAUCUCUGCUCAGAGAAUACCUGGUCAGCCUGGCCCAGGAAGACCUCACCCUGCCCCUCAUCAUUUUCAAGCACUCCAAACCUGAUUGCCAGCAGAAGAUUAUCGGGGACCCAGACCAGCUGAUGGAGGUCGCUUUGGAGUGCAUCUACAGCUGUGAGAGAGACGACCAGCUCAGCCUGUGUUAUGAAAUCUUGGAGUGUCUGCCACAGAGGGGCUACGGGCCACAGACAGACAUCACUCCAUCACUCCAUGAUCAGGUGGACAAACUUGAGAAGCACCUGAGUGUGGUUGAGGUUCUGGAGAAACAUGGUCUACAGAAGCCCAUCUCGUAUGUGAAAAACAGCCAGAACAAUGACGAGGAAGCCCACCAGCUAAUGGUCAAACUGUGUCGUCACACCGGCCGCAAAAACCCUCCAGUGAGUGAGAAUAUGUGGAGAGUUCUACUACAGGACCUGCUGGAUAUGCAGCAGAACGUUUACACUUGCCUAAAACCAGAGACGUGCCAUCAGGUUUUUGUCGAGUCCCUGCUGUGCUCCAGCCGAGUGGAGAACAUACGCCUGGCAGGACAGCUCAUGCACUGCUCCAAGGUCAGUCAGGAUGUUCCUGUCAGCUUGUCUUUUCGGGGUAAAGGUUAUGCUCUGAAGGUGGCCUAUGACAACAGCGUGGAAUUAGUGCUGGCUGCUGCCAGGGAGUACUUCAACUCAUCCAAAUUGCUAACAGACCCCUGCAUGGGGCUGGCCAGGGGGUGUCUCCAGCUGAUCACAGACUGUCCUCCAUCCAUCCAAGAGGAACUGGACCUCAUCAACGCCCUCAGCCAGCUGGAAGACUUCAACGUCAGCAUUCUGCCCCUGCAAGUGCGACUGCGAUCAGACCGUCUGUCUCUCGUGGAGGAGUGCAUCGCCCACUGCUCCACAGCUUACAAGCAGUCCACCACUCUGCUCAAUCUGGCCUCACUCCUCAGAGUUUCAGGUUACAGUCCAGCAUGGGAGGUGUGCAGUCUGCUCGGUCAGUGUGACGGUUAUGGAGACCUGGAGGCCCGGCAAGAACUGUUAGCCUUCUCUCUCACACACUGCCCCCCUGACAGCAUCCACGGCCUCCUGGCCGCCUCCAGUGACCUACAAACUCAGGUGUUGUACCAGGCUGUUAACUAUCAAAUGGAGCCUGUAAAUACAGAGACCGGACGAGAAGUUGACGAGACAGACUCUUUAAAGCCCCAACCUCGUGUGGGCUCCUCUGUGGGGACAGCAGGAGACCUCCUGCACAGGACUACAGCGAAGACCAUGGAAGUCCUGACUACUACAGGACUGAAUACCAAGGCUGUUUUGACUGCAGUCAGUGACCACCGCUGGUGGAAGGACUCACUCAAUUACCUCCGGCCGCUGCAUGGUCGUGGUUCAGGAGCCACUAGCCAGGAAGGGGCAUGUGAGAACGCCAACUUGGAGCGUCAAGGCUGCAGCCCCUUUUAUCAGGAUCUCAUUGAGGAUCCCUAUGUAGACACGAGUCAAGAUGUGUAUUCAUUCUACAAAGAAGUGCCUGCAGAAAACUUUGCUGAGGUUUUGUUGAGGACUGGAAAACUGGCUGAGGCAAAAACUGAGGGAAAAACCCCGUUUCCUGCUACAGAAGUAUUGCUCCAGCUGGCCAACGAUGCAUUUCCCAGGGACAUGAUGCUGGCUCUGUCCUACUUACUUGCUCUGCCUCAGGUGCUGGAUGCCAACAGGUGUUUUGAUAAGCAGUGUCACUCGGCCUUGUCGCUCCAACUGGCUGCCUACUACUACUCCCUGCAGAUCUACUCGCGCCUCAUGCCCUGCUUCAAGGACAAGAACCACACUCUUUACCAGGCUGAUCCAAAGGAGCUGAUUCGAUUGGUCACACAGCACGUGUCCUCGUAUUCAGAUUGGCCCGAGGAGCUGCAAAAGCUGAUCAGCCAGCUGCAUAUGUACAACGAGCGUCUGACAGACUUUACCCAGGCACAGGUGUUGCAGGGGCUCGGCCGUGGUGUGGACGUUCAGCGGUUCAGCUCUGACGCUGAUUACAAGAAGGAGACCAUACUUGGUCUCACAGAGACACUGGAUGAUGGUGUGUACAGAAUCGCUUUGUCUCUGGCUAAGCGCUACAGUGUUCCUCUGUGGGAGGUCUACAUGACCCACCUCGAGUUCCUCUUUACAGAUAGCGGCCUCUCCACCAAGGAUAUUGAAACCCGGAGCGAAUCCCUCAGCUUGUUUGAGACUUUAAAGUGUAACCCUCAGGCCUUUUACAGCCACAUGACAAAGUAUGUUCUUCCCACUGUGGAAGGAACCGACCUCAACCGCCUGCUCUACUACUACACCUUACUAGAUGCUGCGGGCUGUGAGCCUUACGUCACCACCACCAUUAAGCCAGACUCUCAUGUUAAACUACUCAAGAAGCUUCGGGCUGUUGCCAACGGUUUGAACUAUCGGAAGCUCACGGAUGAAUCCUCGGAUCCACUGGCCACUCUUCAACCAGUGCUGACCAGUCAGAACGUGUUGUCCAUCUCCAAACUUGCCAAUCGUUUGCCUUUGCCCGGCGGUGGUGGUGGGGCCACGGUGUCCGCCAGUGCAGUCCACGCAGUAUGGCUGCAGAAGGUGUUCUGGAAAGGGGACCCCCAGCUGCUGAAGAGACCCCCUCAGAGCGACCAAGACUACCUACACGCUUACGACACUUGUGCCAAAUACCUGGACAGGCUGGCCCCUGGCGACGCUGUCCGCUUCCUGGAUAACAUCACCUUCUCUCUUGAUGCAUCUAAAAACUUGAGCAUCCAAGCGAGGUUGGAGGUGAUAAGGCGAGCCACCAAAGCCCUGCGCCAGCUGGGUGAGAAGAACAGGAAGAGAGGAGGUGAUGACAGUAGGGAGCAGGAAGGGACGGACCCUGCAGGAAUGACUUUUGAUGAGGCUCUAGCACACCUGCAGCAAUCUCAGGCCCACCUGGACACUCUGAGUCAUCCCUUCAUUCUGUCACUCAAAGACAGCCAGGAGGAGCAGCUGCGGGCCUACAGUCAACUUUACGAUUUGUCCCGUUCUGAGAGGUCAAAAGUCUGCGAGUUAGCAGUCACUAUGGCAACUGAUGGACAGCCCCUGGAGCAGAUUGGAGAGCUUCUGCGCGUCACUGUUGGAUCCUUAGACCUGUCUCUCAAAAGUGUCCUUCACGAUGCUGUGGAGAGAGUAGUCGCUGCACUCAGUGGAGACCCAUGCGCCCUGACAAAUUACCCACAACCCCUCAGGGUCCUGGAGGCCAUGGUGACUGCUGUGCACAACAGUGUGCAGAGUGGUGACAGUACCGUCACUUCAGAUGACCUCCUGGCUUGGCUGCGUCCAUUCUGCGGUGACGCGUCUCUGCCCGUUCGGCCUCGCAUCGACGUGCUGCAAAUUCUGGAGAGUAACUUCAGCCUCGGAGACAGUGACGUUCGUCUUCUGCUGCUUUACAGGACUCAGGCUGUUCUCAGGGACAGAGAGAUCCAGAUAGAGGAUGUGGAGAAUGAAGAAAAACGAUACAGCCUUUUCCAGGAGCUGUUGGAAGCGGCGCAGAAGUGGGAAGACUUUCAGUUGCUCAUUCUUCUCCUCCAAGCAUGGCCACCUAUGAUGAAAGAGGAAGUGGCAGAGUCAGAGCAUAACCCCUGGGUGGUGCUAACCUCAGCCUUACUGACCCGCUGCAAGGGAUCAGAGGUCAAAACAGACCUGGGUCAGCAGGUUGUCACCAUGGUGAGAUCUCUCUAUAACAGCAAACACAAGCUGCCCGUGCAGUGUAUUAGACACAUAGCUACCCUGCUGCUCCAAAAUCAGCCAAGCCUCCUGCAGCCGGCACUGAAACUGAUGUCUGAAAGCUGUGAUGAGCAACUGCUUCAGCUGACUCUUGAUCAGAUCAACGGCAUGAGCACAGAGACUGCUUCCUCCUGCGAUGAAGAGCUCCUUUCCUUGCUCCUAGAUGCUGGGCUCCUGGUAGGCUGCGUCUCCUCAGCCCUGUACCCCCUGCUAAGCUCCCACAUGCUGUCGCACCAGCAGGAGGGCGGUUGGGAUGUGGAGAAAGCCGCCGCUGAGCUGAUGGCGGCGGGCCACGGGCCUGAGGCAGGUUCCCUGUUGCUGGCUCACCGCGGAACCCACCCGGCCCAGUUCACCUUCAACUCCGCCUUGGCCGUUCUCGAGAAGUGGCUGUGAAAGGAGACGGGGAGACAGUUUGGACCGCAGCUACAGAGCGCUGUCGCAACCUAGCCUUAGGGAAAGAGUAGGAAGAUGCUGAAAAAGGACUGGAAUUAGUUUGGAACGAGAUCUGAAGAAGCAAAACUAAAAGCAGUCAAUACCUCUACAUUUAGUUCUCUAAUCAGGUUUGAGGUUCAUCAACAGAAGACAUUUCAAUAGCGCUGUCAUCUGUGAAGGUAUAAGAGAGGAUACCUUUAAUCCUGAAACAUCUGCUCAAUUAGAAAGACGAUCUUUCACACACAGAAACAACCUCUGCUGUCACUCAGUCAUGGAUGAACGUUGAGACCGAGGCCUAAUCACAGAAUGCAACGGCUGCUCGGAUUUAUUUGUGUGUGCGCCGUGUCCUAUUGUGUGAUAAAGUAAUUGAGCAGUGGGUAGCAGUGGGUGGAUAUUAGCCUAUUGUUCCGUGACAGGUUUGCCUCUUUAACGUCCCAUCGUUAAACACCCUGCCUCUGCUCCAUUGUUUUCCCCCUAAUAAUGUCUAAUUAAUUCCUUCUAAACAAAUUAGCCCCGCAGCUGCCCCCGUGCUGAGUGUACGGAUGCACAAAUACUAUAUAUGACACACACCAGUGAAGUUAUGUAAAGCUUAUAAUGAUGAGGAAUAAACGUGCACGCACGUGUGUGUGUGUGUGUGUGCAUUGAUGUUGUUAGGUUGCUUUGUUUCAUUUGAAUAAAUAAAAGCGUAAAAUGCGGCUCUAUUUCGUCCCACCUUUUAGAACCGAAAUAAAGAAAACUGAUGAAAA